GCCCCUCCCGCUGCCUUUCCAGCUGAUCCGCUCCACCCUGCGUGCCUUAGCCUUCCAGCCCGUGGAGCAGAACUCCGGAGGGCGCUCCUGGUGCUCCCCUGGGACGGUGGCUCCGGCUGGCCGGCCGGGAUGCUUGCAGGGGAGGGUCAGCGCGCCUGUGGCUGGCCUCUCAGAGCCGGGGCUCACCGAAGAUGCGAUGGCCGUCUCCCCUGCGCUCCUGUUGAUGGACAGGAAUUUGCUUGCUAGAAAACAAAAUGCAAGGCUCGACAAACAGAACGACUUGGGAUGGAAGUUAUUUGGAAAAGUACCACUCCGAGAGAAUGCUCAGAAAGAUUCGAAGAAAAUGCAAAAGGAAUGUGAAGACAAGGCUGGACGACCUAGCAGGCCACCCUCUCCAAAGCAGAAUGUGAGGAAGAAUCUUGAUUUUGAGCCACUUUCCACCACUGCCCUCAUCCUGGAAGACAGACCAGCAAACCUCCCAGCGAAGCCAGCUGAAGAAGCUCAGAAACACAGGCAACAGUAUGAAGAAAUGGUGGUUCAAGCCAAAAAACGAGAGCUGAAAGAAGCCCAGAGGAGGAAAAAACAGCUGGAAGAAAGAUGCAAAUUAGAAGAAAGUAUUGGAAAUGCGGUCCUUACUUGGAACAAUGAGAUUCUGCCCAACUGGGAGACCAUGUGGUGCUCUAGAAAAGUUCGAGAUUUGUGGUGGCAGGGCAUCCCUCCCAGCGUGAGAGGCAAAGUCUGGAGCUUAGCCAUCGGCAACGAGCUGAACAUCACCCACGAGCUUUUUGACAUCUGUCUUGCCCGAGCCAAGGAGAGGUGGCGGUCCUUCAGCACAGGCUCCGAAGUGGAGAGUGAAGAUGUUGGUUUUUCAGCAGCAGACAGAGAAGCCAGCCUGGAGCUUAUUAAACUGGACAUUUCCAGAACGUUUCCUAAUCUCUGCAUUUUCCAGCAGGGUGGUCCGUACCAUGACACGUUGCACAGCAUUCUGGGCGCUUACACUUGUUACCGGCCGGAUGUGGGUUACGUUCAGGGCAUGUCCUUCAUAGCGGCAGUGUUGAUCCUGAACUUGGACACUGCAGAUGCCUUCAUUGCUUUCUCUAAUCUUUUGAAUAAACCCUGUCAAAUGGCGUUUUUCCGAGUGGACCAUGGCCUUAUGUUGACUUAUUUUGCUGCAUUUGAGGUAUUCUUUGAAGAAAAUUUGCCGAAAUUAUUUGCUCACUUCAAGAAAAACAACUUAACUCCGGACAUCUACCUAAUUGAUUGGUAAGGCUGCAUUUUUACGUGUCUUCUCCCCUCCAUGCCCCCCUUCCAUUCCUCGUGCCAGCAGCUUUCGGGGCUCGGCCCACCCCCCAUGUUCUGCUUUACGUCUCCCUGGCUGCCGGGAGCGUGAGGCGCCCUGCGUCCCCAGCCCCAUGCUCUGGUCACCUGCUCAGCUCUGUUGCUCUCUGACUGCCUGUGACACUGACAGGCCCCACACCUCCCUCUGGAGGAGAAUGCUGUU